AGUUAACAAGUCAAGACCUCUUUUAAACAAAUGUUUCUCAAUUUCUACGGAAGUUAAACAAAGAGCUCGUAAACUAAGAAAGUGAAAUUUGUUAAUAUUUGGAGAAAAAAUUGUAUUACUUAAAUUUAUAGAAACAAAUGAAGUUUUUAGUGAACUUAAUAUUAAUUUCUAGUUACAUUUCACAGCAAUGUGAUAGUGCAAAUAUUCCCUGUGAUCUACAACAAACCAAAUUUGGUUUUGUUUGUAAAUGUAGCGCAGACUAUUGUGAUUAUUUGGAAGAACCUAAAUUGAAAGCUGAUAACAGUUGGUUUGCAGUCUCUACAAGUAAAGAUGGCUUACGGUUUUCUGUAACUAAAGGUGAAUUUGGUUCGUUAGAAUCCAUCAAAAUUAAGGAUUAUCAUGAAUCUCAAAAAGGCAGAGAGGAUGAUGACCCAUUUAAUGUAGAUGCUCUAUUAUUGGAUAAUGCCCGAUCAUUGUUUCAGUUAUAUGGAGGAAAUAACAGUUAUUUUAAUUUACCCCAAAGAAUGAGCAAAUCAUCUUUAACUAUAGAUCGCUCUAAGACUUAUCAAUAUAUCGUGGGAUUUGGGGGAGCUCUUACCGGAACUGUGGCAUAUUUGCUGCAGAACUUAAAGCCCUCUCUACAGGAUCAUUUAUACAAAUCUUAUUUCCAUAAAGAUGGUAUUGCCUAUAAUAUUUUACGCACUUCCAUAGGAGGUUGUGAUUUUGAUUUAGAACCCUGGGCAUAUAAUGAGCUACCACAAAACGAUAAACAUUUAACAAAUUUCACCAAAUUAGAUCAGCGUGAUUUAUUGAAGAUCCAACAAAUCAAACGAAUUAAAUCCGUAGCAGGCUCGGAUGGAAUAAAAAUAAUGGCUGCAGCAUGGAGUCCACCACCUUGGAUGAAAUCGAAUAAUAAUUGGACGGGCUUUAGUAGUUUGAAACCAGAAUAUUAUGCAACAUGGGCCAAGUAUCAUUUAAAAUUUCUUGAAUUAAUGUUGUCUAAAAAUAUAACGAUAUGGGCCAUAUCCACUGGCAAUGAGCCACUAAACGGAGUCAUUGGUUGGCUUUUUAUACAUUUCAUGAGUUUGGGUUGGACACCAAAAAAUCAGGCGAUUUAUCUGAAUGAUUUUCUGGGUCCUGCUGUAAAAAAAUCGCAAUUUAAAAAUGUUUUAAUAUUUGGCAAUGACGAUCAGCGCUACUCCUAUCCAACGUGGUUUCAAAGAAUGAAUUCCACACGUCCGACCUCGCUAAACUAUCUAGAUGGUUUGGCCGUGCACUGGUAUUGGGAUGAUAUUUUUGGACCCGAACUUAUAGAUGCAACUUUACAACUAAUGCCCAAUAAAUUACUGUUAAAUACUGAGGCUUGUGUAGGUGACAAACCUUGGCAAACGCAUGGACCAGAACUGGGUUCUUGGGAAAGAGGUGAACAGUAUGCACGAUCAAUACUGCAAGAUUUACAGCAUAAUUUCAAUGGCUGGAUCGAUUGGAAUCUGUGGUUGGAUGAGAGUGGUGGACCUAAUUAUAUCAACAAUACAGUUGAUGCUCCCAUUAUAGUUAACACUUCCAAUAAUGCAGAAUUUUAUAAACAACCAAUAUUCUAUGCUGUGGGACACUUUUCAAAAUUUAUUAUCGAAAAUUCCAAACGUAUUGAAGUGAAAUUAUCUUCGACACAAAAUAGCAUUGAUGCGGUUGGAUUUAAACGGCCGGAUGAUAAAAUAGUUUUAAUAAUAUUUAAUAGUGCUGCAAUUCCCCAGGACAUUAACCUAGAUGAUAGUGUUCGAGGAAUGUUCACCAUAAAUGUGCCAGCUCGUUCAAUACAUACAAUUCUUUACAUGUAAUAAAAAUGUAUAACAGUUUUUAAACAAAAAGUUUAUAAAUGUUUAUAAACAAUUUUGUUAAUAUUUAAUAAAAAUUUUAUUUUAGUAAAA